CAGUAUCAAAAUCCAAAAAAAUUUUGGAUGUAAACAAGCCCUAAGGCAGCCGCCGCCGCAACGUGGGUGAGAGGAGGGCGAUGGAGAGGAGGGCGAUGGAGAACGGGGGUGGGUGGAGCCACUGGAGGGCGAUGGAGAACGGGGUUGGGACGAAGCCGAGGUUACCAGUUAUGGAGAUGGUCAUGUGUUCCACUUGCUCCAGAUUUGUGUUUAGGAACGAGCGCAAGCACGAGGUGGUGGAGGUGGUGGCGGAAGCCGAGAAGAUGCGGGACAUGUUGUGGGCGGUGCUGCUGCACGGCCCCCUCCAGAAGAUGGAGCCGGCUGAGGCGAACAAGAAGCAGCGGGAGAUUUUGCAGAUGAGGAGGACGAUCCUGAUGGAGACCAAGAUGUGCCCGGCUUGCUCCGGUUCGCCGUUAGAGCCGUGCCCGCCUCGCUUCCGUUCGCUGUUAGCCAAGAAGCCCAGGCCCGAUGAGGAGGACAAGGCUGGAUCGAAGAGCUCGAGGGAGGAGGUCAACGAGUUCAUGGCCAUCCUUCGGUCGGAGUGCUGGAAGGAGAUUGCGACGGAUGACGAGGCGAUGGUGGCAGACGCCAGAUCGUCGGAGCACAAGUUGAAGCGAUCGAGGGAGGAUGGCAAGAGAUCUAGCAGCAGACCCAAGGAGAAGAAGAAGGCCGAGGGCGAUGAUAAGGAAGGCAGCCGAUCCUCGAAGAAGAAGGCUAAGAGAUCGAACGAGGAGGGCAGUGGAUUGAAGGAGGCGGAGAUGGAGCGCAGCAGAUCGAUCGAUGAGGUGUUGUUUGAGGGCAUCUUCGAAUCAGGCUGCGGAGAUCUGAAGACUAAGGUGCAUUUUAGGAGGGUGCUCAAGAAGACUAUUGAGAGUAAGCCCCCUGUCAAGAUUGAAUGGGAGCCAAUGAAGGAGGACAUUGAAUUGGCUGGUGGAGAGUGGAAGACUAAGAUGGUGACUCAGAGGUUGGACAAGGGCUGCGUUGAUCGUUUGAUUAAUCGGCCCUGUCCUGAGCCUGUCACCUACAAUAAGUGUUUUACAAGCCGAGACGCUUUUGAUGCUCUUGCUAACCUAGAUAAGGUUCAUCGCUUGUUCCACUGGUACUUGCAGUACCAGUCCAUCAUCAAGGGGUAUGCUGAGUACCAGAAGGAGGUCACCGAUGGCGUAGGUAAUGACUGGGGUAUGUAUGCUGGGUACCAUGAGGAGGUUACCGAUGGCGUAGGUCAUGACUGGAAGUGAUGUUGAGGAGGUUACCGAUGGCGAGUUCAUGUUGCCUAGCAUAAUAAUAUAAGUGAUAACCUUGCUUGUUUCAGAGAUAUUCAAGUGGUAUAUUUUGUCAUAUGAGUAACUUGAUAUGCUAUUCUCACAUCUUUAAAACUAACAGAACUCGCUUAUCCAGAUGUUAUUUACUUAA